CACCGGGAAUACUGGAGCACAGCGGCCAGAGAGCGGGACGGGGGUGGGGGGACGGAGGCCAAAGGAAAGCCGCUUCUGGAAGAAAGAAGCGUCGCUGAGGGAAGAAGAAACGCCUGCGUCAAUGUUUUUAUUCGACAGCGCGCCGUGAAGCGACCGCGUCCGUCCGUUUUCCGCGAGAUCUCCUCAAAGUUCAGCUUCAUGGGUCUGAUGAACGGAACCACCGACACCCAAACCAAUGUCUCCUGUACCUGUAACUGCAAGAGAUCCACUUCAUUCCAGAGCAUGGCGAUCACCCAGCUGGAGUUUGUUCAGAUCCUGGUGAUCGUGGUGGUGAUGAUGAUGAUGGUGCUGGUGAUCACGUGUCUGCUGAACCACUACAGACUGUCUGCGCGAUCUCUCAUCUCCCGCCACGGACAAGUGCGCAGACGACACCUGCCCCUGCCGUCGAAAGGGAGUCUGUGGUCCUCUGACGGUCCCAGCUCUUCUAAUGUCAUGAGUGAGGUUUACGCUCCGGACCGUGUGUCGUCGUAUCUUCAGCGUGAGCGUCUGUCACGCUUCCAGCCCACGUUCCCGUACCUCCCUCACGCCAUCAUCGACCUCCCGCCCACCAUCUCUCUGUCGGACGGAGAGGAGCCUCCUCCGUAUCAGGGCCCCUGUUCCCUUCAGCUGCGGGACCCCGAGCAGCAGCUGGAGCUCAACCGAGAGUCUGUCCGAGCGCCGCCCAACCGCACCGUGUUCGACAGUCCGCUCAUCAGCGCCGCUCCGCCGGCGUACAGCGAGGUCAUAGGUCACUACUACCACCACACAUCAGGGACUGGACACACAGCGCUGCUGCAGGGAGCGAUACACAUCAGCCGCUCGGACGGAAGAAACACACGCAACAAACACAACGCCAAAGCACAACACGUCUGACGCCUCUCUUCCUCUUCUGGGGCCU